AUGAGAACAAUACAGAAAGUAGUAUGGCAUUUUGAGCCAUUUUCUUUUGUUAUGGUAAUGGGAACAGGUAUCGCAUCAGAUAUUCUUUAUUCAUUCCCAUAUCCAGCACACUGGUUAAGAAUAUGUUCAUAUAUUUUUUUUGCAAUUGCAUGUCUUUUAUUUAUUUUUUUACAAUUAUUUGCUUGCAUUCAUAUGUUUUGGUACGCAAAUCGUUAUUCAUGGCAUAGAUAUUUUAAUCAUUAUUAUAGAAAUUUAAUGCAUAAUGUAUUUUGGGGUACUUAUCCAAUGGGUUUAGUGACAAUUAUUAAUUAUUUAACAAAUUUAACUGAAACUUCAUCAAUUAUUUCAGAAAAUAAUUCAAAAAGAUUAAUGAUCUUCAUUUAUAUAUUAUGGUGGUAUGAUAUUACAAUUUCAAUGUUAACCGCCUGGGGAAUAUCUUUCUUAAUUUGGCAAGAUUAUUAUUAUACUGAAGAUUGGGCAAAUAAAUAUCCCGUUGGCACAGAUAGACAAAAGAUUGCUACACAAAAUUUAAAGAGUACUUUAUUAAUGAAUGUUAUACCUUUAGUGGUUGGGACUGCAUCAGGCGCAUAUUUUACAAUGACUAAUAUUUUUACAAUUACGUUUAAUAGAAAUAUUCAAUUGUUAACAAUGGUUAUUUGUUUCUUAUUAUGGUUACAUGCUAUUUUAUUUGUCGGUAUCCUAGUAACAUUAUUUUUUUGGAAUCUUUACGUUAAUAAAUUACCAAAAAUGCAACAAGUAUUUACAAUGUUUUUAGUAUUAGGCCCCUUGGGGCAAGGUGCAUUUGGUAUAUUAUUAAUGACAAAUAAUAUUAAAAUUUAUGUUGAAAAUUAUUAUCCUGCAAUUGAAUCGAUAAAUGCACCAAAGGGUUCAGAAACUGCAUUAUUAACACUUUUUAUACCUUGGUGUUUUAAAAUUUUUGGUUUAUUAACUUCUUUAGCUUUAUUAGGUAUGGGAUAUUUUUUCACAAUUAUUACCUUUGUUGCAAUUAUUUCAUAUUUACCUGUUAAAGAAGAAUCAAAUUCAAAGACAAAUAAAAAAAUUACAAUUUUAACUUUUCAUAAAGGUUUUUGGGCAAUGACUUUCCCAAUGGGGACGAUGGCUUUAGGAACAAAAGAAGUUUGGGUACAAUAUGGUAAAUAUGUACCUCUAAGUGCAUUUCGUGUUGUUUCAACUAUAUAUUCUACAUUAUGUGUCGUUUGGGUAAUUGUUUGUUUAGCAGGUUCGAUUUACAUUAAAUGUGUUCCUUAUUUAAGACAUCAAUUGAAUAAACAACAGUCUAUGGAUCAGCAAGCUGUUGUUGGUGAUGAAGAAUCUUUAACGAAAGACGAAGACGACGGUCAUUUGGAUUCCGCUAAUGGGGAAUACAAUCAUAAUCAACAUAAUAAUGCCGAUGAUGAUGAUGACGCAUCGGCUGUAACAUUAGGAAUCAGAGAAUCUGAUUCUGUAAUAGAAUUGGCUACAAUGACUACAAGAGCUCAAUGA